UGAGGCAAAAGAUCCAUUUUCUCCACAUUCCCCACAUCUUCUUCUCAGUGGCGCCGCUGCCGUUCUCCAUUGUUCCCUCGAUCCCCCCGUCCUCUCUCUCUCUCGCUCGCUCUCCUUGACGCAUCGAGCCUAAUUCCCUCCAUCUGCGGCGGAAGGCCAACAGAUCAAGGAUAUAGCAUAACAUAGUUUGCAGGAUACAUCAUAACAUAUAUGAAGAUGCUUGAAGACGGAGGUCAUACCCUAAACCCGCUACGGCUGCUGUACCAGAUCAAGAGAGCUAAGGCUACCACCGGUCAGACUGGAAUCACGAUGCCGUUGGCGCCUCCUGCACUGACGACGAUUGGGGAAGCAAAUUCCAAGGCCGGCACAUCCCCUGCUAUGAUGUGGGUAGGGACAAUCUUCAUCGUCUGUCUUUCCAUCGGCGGCACCUCGGCCUUGGCAUACACCCUCUACAGCCACCAUUUCUUCCCUGCUGACCGCUCGUGUUGUCUGCUGACUCUCAUAUUAUGGGGGGUCUACGUGGCAGUGGUCGCAGUGGUAAUGGUGUACAUGACCCUGUUCCUGCCGAACGCCCCUGUUGCCCUGCGGGAAGCACUCGUCGACAUUGGUUGGAUUUAUGUCGGUUCACCUGUCAUGGCGAUAGACAUUCUUCUGAUGUUCUUUGGCCAGCCGUGGAUGGUCAUCUCAAUGUUUUACUGUCUCGGCAUUCUGAUUGCUGGCGUCCUUGCCUUCUGGUGGUGGCUUGCUCUCACGUACAGGAAAUGUGCUUAGCCUCACUCCUUUUCUGUAACAGACAUUUCCACUCUGUUCAUUACUUAGUACUCCCUUUUGUAAACUAAUAUAAGAUCUCCUUUUAGGUACUAUUAUUGUAUAUAUAUGUUUGCUUGUGUUCGUGUAUA